CAAGACAUGCUCUCCCAUGGCAUUGGUGCCUGUUCUGAUCAGCUAGCUAGAAACAAGGGCCUGAGAGAUUCAUACAGUGUCAGCUCUUCCACCCUUCUUUCUUCUUCCCUGCAGGCUCUAGCCAUGUGGCUCUACCUGGCUGCCCUCUUGGGGCUCUACUUCCUUCGCCGUUGGUACCGGGAGAGGCAGACUGUGGAGAACCUCAGAGAGAAAUAUGUCUUCAUCACUGGCUGUGAUUCUGGCUUUGGGAACAAGCUUGCCAGACAGCUGGAUGCCCGGGGCCUGCGCGUGUUGGCGGCCUGUCUCACUCAGGAGGGGGCAGAGCAGCUGGAGAAGGCUACAUCUGAGCGGCUGAAAACCACCAUUCUGGAUGUCACCAGCACAGAGAGUGUUGUGGCAGUAACCGAGUGGGUAAAAGGGUGCAUAGGGAACAAAGGCCUCUGGGGCUUGGUAAACAAUGCAGGUAUUGCUGCUCCUGCAUGUCCCAACCAAUGGCUGACCAAGGAUGAUUUUGCAAAAGUGAUCAAUGUCAACCUGCUUGGACUGAUUGACGUGACGCUGCACUUGCUGCCCCUGGUGAGACAAGCCAGAGGGAGGGUGGUCAACAUGACCAGUAUGAUGGGAAGACUGGCAUGGUCUGGAGGGGGUUAUUCCCCGUCCAAAUAUGGUGUAGAAGCCUUCUCUGACAGUUUGAGGCGUGAGCUCCUUCCUUUCAGAGUCCAAGUCAGCAUUGUUGAGCCUGGUGCUUUCAUUACACCUGGUGUCCAAAAAAUUGAAGCAGACUGCAACACUCUGUGGAGCCGGGUGCCUUCUGACAUCAGAGAGAUCUAUGGGCAGCGAUAUUUUGAUGACGUUUGGAAAUCAUUACAACUCGUCAUGAAGACAUUCAACAAGAACCUCCACCUGGUCACUGACUGCAUAGAACAUGCCCUGACGUCCUGCUGCCCUCGCACUCGAUACUCUCCAGGCUGGGAUGCGAAGUUCUGCAUCCCUCUCUCGUACUUGCCAACUGCAGUGGCAGACUAUGUGGUGACCCGUUCUAAACCCAAGCCAUUACAGGCAGUGUAGAUUAUUCUGCUGUAUUUUAUGGUUUUAACUGUGAACUGCCCAGAGACCCUUGGCUAUUGACCAGUUUAAAGAUGUAAGAAAUAAAAAUAAAUAAAUAAUUUUGCAGAAACAGUACUACGAUAAUCUAAAUAAGCUAGGCUGACCAUAUGAAAAGGAGGACAGGGCUCCUGUAUUUUUAACGGUUACAUAGAAAAGGAAAUUUCAGCAGGUGUCAUUUGUAUAUAUGGAGAACCUGAUGAAAUUCCCUCUUCAUCAAAACAGUUAAAGCUGCAGGUGUCCUGCCCUCUUUUAAAUCUGGUCACUUUAGUAUAGCUCCUGCAGCUUUAACUGCUGUGAUGAAGAGGGAAUUUCAUCAGGUUCUCCCUAUAUACAAAUGACACCUGCUGAAAUUCCCUUUUUUAUGUAACCGUUAAAAAUACAGGAGCCCUGUCCUCCUUUUCAUAUGUACAAUAUGAGUGAUAACACUCAACCACAAAGGUACUAAGAAAUUUUUAUAGACGAAUAAUUCAAAAGAUAUCACAAAUGUACAAAAGAUAGGCACAUAGAUAACAUUCUAUUUUACUUUACUCCUUUUCAUAUGGUCACCCUAAAUAAGCUAUGGUCGGGACACAGCCUGUGUUCCAUCUUUCCAUUUUUAUUAUCAAUAUUUAAAGGACUCAACACUAGAUUUAAAUGUCAAGAUCUACUAGUAUUCCUGUUGAUGGCAGCUCGCUAGACAAUCACACAGUAGUGGGAAAAACUGGAUAAUUUGAAUUUAUCGGCAGGUAUCGAAAUAUAUGGUCUAUGGCAAUAUCAGAAAAAAUAACUCAUGACUUGCUUCAAAUCCAAGGACAAUCAGAAUCAACAUCGUUUGCUGCUAUAUGGGGGAGAUUUGUUCAAUAUGCAUCACAUCCAGAUAUACAAUGGUAUAUGCCUGCCUCAGCUUUGAGUAUAUGGACAUUAUAACAAUAAAUGAAGGGAAUACAGCACAUUUAUAAGUUAGUUCAAUAGUAUAUUUAGUUACAUUUAUAGAUAAUUUUUCUUUUGCUCUUGUUGUUUAGUUACCUUCCCCUAGAAGUUGUAUUAAUCAACCUUUCUUCAUACCUUUUUAUACUAUACAUAUUUACAUAACCAAUGGAUUGAUAAUAAUUGUUUUGAAUACAAUUGUUUGUAUUCA